AUGGAUGCAAAUCAGUUCAAGAUGUUCUUGGAACAUCAAACCAACCUUAUGCAUCAAAUGAUGCGAGAGUUGCAUGGCUCGGUGGUAGGAGCCACACAGAACAGACAAAUUCAGCAGCCAAGUUCUUCUACAGUGCAAGUACCGCAACCGUCGCCAUUGGCCUUGGAAGGCGACAUGGAAGAAAAUUUCGAUUUUUUCGAAAAUAGUUGGAAGGACUACUGCAAAGCGAUAGGAAUGGAUCGAUGGCCUCCGGAAGAAGAUCCACAAAAAGUCAGCUUUCUAUUGACCGUGAUCGGAGAAACAGCGAGGAAGAAAUAUUUCAACUUCGAUCUCACUGCAGCAGAAAAGGCAAAUCCACAAGCAGCUCUUGCGGCGAUCAAAGCGAAAGUGGUGACCAAACGCAAUGUAAUUGUGGAUCGUUUAGACUUCUUCUCAGCAGUUCAGACGUCACGUGAGACAAUCGACGACUUUGUAACCCGACUGAAGGUCGUAGCCAAGUCGGCAAAAUUAGGCAACCUGGAAUCCGAGCUUAUUGCGUAUAAGGUAGUUACCUCGAACAAAUGGCAGCAUCUUCGAACGAAAAUGUUGACAAUUCCUGAUAUCACGUUGUCAAAGGCUGUCGAUUUAUGCCGAGCAGAGGAAAUAACAGCAAAGCGAACGCAGGAACUCGGGGUCUCGGUGACUGGAACGGAAGUGCAUAAAGUGUUUAAGAAGAAAACCAGUGCUAAAACUCAGCGAUGUAAAUUCUGUGGGGACAAUCAUGAAUUCGUUAAAGGAGUUUGUCCGGCUUAUGGGAAAAAAUGCUAUCGCUGCAAAGGCAAAAAUCAUUUUGAAAAAGUGUGUCGAAUGGACGAGAAGAACAAAGGACGGAAAUCUAAACGUCGAGUGAAGGAAGUAAAACAGGGAAGUUCUACUGAAGAAGAGUCGUCAUCGGAAGCCGAGUACUCGGCGAGUGAAAGUGAUGAACUGGAAAUCGGUAGAAUUUUUGAUAAUUCACAUCACGGUGGUAACGUGAUGGCUGAAUUGAACUUAAAGUUUUCAGCAAAAUGGCAGCCGGUAAUGUGUGAUAUCGACACCGGUGCUAACACCAGUUUGAUCGGGUAUCACCACUUGAUCAAACUUAGUGGUGAUACGAAUCCACCGUUAUUACCUUCGUCAUUCCGGCUGCAAAGUUUUGGGGGAAAUCCAAUAAAAGUGUUGGGACAAGUGAAAGUUCCAUGCAGAAGAUCAGGACAGAAAUAUCGUCUAAUUCUACAAGUAGUUGACGUAGACCAUCGUCCGCUUUUGUCAGCAAAGGCAUCUCGAGAAUUGGGUUUGGUGAAAUUUUGCGAGGCUGUGUGUUUCGAGGGUGCUAGAGUUCUUCCGAAUGGGCAAUCAUCAACUGAGGAACAACUGAACAUUUAUCGGGUCCAAGCCCAAAAUAUCGUCGCUGGGUACCCGAAUCUGUUCAACGGCUACGGAAAAUUUCCAGGCACUGUAGCAUUGGAAAUCGACAGCAGCGUUCCAUCAUCCGUUCAACCGCCUAGGCGAAUACCCAUCGCAAUGAGAGGUAAACUGAAAGAAGAAUUGGAAGCUCUGGAAAGGGACGGAAUUAUCGUGAAAGAACCACAUAACACAAGUUGGGUCAGCAAUUUGGUCAUCGUGCAACGUGCUGGAGUUGGUUCGGGAAUACGAAUUUGUUUAGAUCCUGUGCAUCUAAAUAAAGCGUUAAAGAGACCACAUCUUCAGUUUACAACGUUGGACGAGAUUCUUCCAGAGUUGGGCAAGGCUAAAGUAUUUUCGACAGUGGACACUAAAAAGGGCUUCUGGCACGUCGUCUUGGAUAAACCUAGCAGUAAACUGACAACCUUUUGGACACCAUUCGGGAGAUAUCGUUGGACACGUCUACCGUUUGGUAUCGCUUCAGCUCCAGAGAUAUUUCAAUUGAAAUUACAACAAAUUAUUCAAGGACUGAAGGGUGUUGAAAACUUGGCGGAUGACGUGCUUAUUUUCGGCGUUGGAGAAACACUUGAAGAAGCUUUAAUCGACCAUAAUGUUUGUCUCCGAGAACUCUGUCAACGUUUGGAUGAAAACAAUAUUAAACUGAACCGAUCCAAAAUGAAGCUUUGUCAAACUUCCGUAUCGUUUUAUGGUCAUGUGCUGACGGAUCAGGGUUUGCGACCAGAUGAGAUGAAGAUACUUGCUAUUAAGAACUAUGCUACACCUUGCAACAGGAAGGAGGUUCACCGUUUUGUCGGCAUGGUUAAUUACUUGAGUCGUUAUAUUCCGAACCUGAGUAUAAAUCUGACCAAUCUCCGCAAACUGAUCUCCGAAACCGUAACAUGGCAAUGGACUGCUGCCGAAGAAAAUGAGUUCCAAACAGUGAAAUCCUUAGUUUCAGACAUUGGUACGCUGAAAUAUUAUGAUGUCACUAAGCCGCUGGUAAUGGAGUGUGAUGCAAGCUGUUUCGGUUUGGGUGUUGCAAUUUUCCAGGAAAAUGGCGUGAUUGGUUAUGCAUCUCGAACCCUAACAGCCACCGAAAAGAACUAUGCACAAAUAGAGAAGGAACUGUUAGCAAUUGUGUUUGGCUGCAUCAGGUUCGACCAGUUGGUAGUUGGAAAUCCGCAAGUAACAGUGAAAACGGACCAUAAACCGUUGAUCAAUAUUUUCAACAAGCCAUUACUGUCAGCUCCCCGGCGUCUCCAACACAUGCUCCUCAGUUUACAACGCUACAAUUUGGCCAUCGAGUUCGUUACCGGAAAAGAAAACGUUGUGGCAGAUGCAUUAUCCCGAGCACCGAUGCAAAACUACGAUCCUGUGGUCAAAUUUGAAAAACUAAACAUAUAUGGUGUUUUUGACGAAGUCUCAGAUUUCAAGAUUACGAAUUGGCUCAGUAUCACAGAUGCCAGGCUAACGGAGAUUAUGCAGACUACUAAACAGGAUUCAACAAUGCAGAUCCUCAUUCAUUACAUCCAGCAAGGUUGGCCCCAAACGGUCGAUCGUGUACCAGAUAACGUCAAAAUUUUCUUCAAAUAUCGCAACGAACUCUCAACACAGGAUGGAAUGGUUUUUAGAAAUGAACGUCUAGUGAUUCCCCACGUACUUCGAAGGAAAUUGAUUGAUUGCUGUCACAUCAGUCACAAUGGUGUAGAAGCUACGUUGAAGUUAGCACGGGCAAACUUGUUCUGGCCAGGCAUGAGUGCACAGAUAAAGAAUGUUGUAAACGAAUGUUCGAUUUGUGCAAAAUUCGCAUCGUCUCAAUCUCACCCUCCUAUGCAAAGUCACAAGAUUCCGGUAUACCCUUUCCAGAUGGUUUCUAUGGAUGUGUUUUUCUCCGAUUAUCAAGGCUUAAAACGGAAAUUCCUCAUUACAGUGGACCAUUAUUCUGACUUCUUUGAGGUCAACCUUCUCAAGGAUCUAACACCGGAGUCAGUGAUAGCCGCUUGCAAAGUUAAUUUUUCUCGACAUGGAAUUCCUCAAUUGCUGGUGACGGACAACGGGACAAAUUUCGUGAACCAAAAAAUGAUUCAGUUUGCUGAAGAAUGGAAUUUUGAGCACACCACAUCAUCACCAUAUCAUCAACAGGCCAAUGGGAAAUCGGAGGCCGCAGUGAAGAUCGCGAAAAGAUUAAUGAAGAAGUCUGAAGAAAAUGAUGGGGACUUUUGGUACGCACUUUUGCAUUGGCGAAAUAUCCCAAAUAAAAUAGGGUCAAGUCCGGUAUCGCGCUUGUUUUCGCGUUCGACUCGGUGCGGUGUACCAACAAGUGCCGUUAAUCUGCAACCAAAAGUUGUUGAAAACGUUCCAACUGCAAUCGAAAGGAAUCGUAAGAAAAUGAAGUUCCAUUACGACAAGAAAACAAGACCAUUACCUGAGCUACAAACCGGAUCGCCGGUGUAUGUUCAAGUUCAUCCGGAUACAUCGAAACAGUGGUCCCCGGGUACAGUUUCAAGUCAGCUAAACGAAAGAUCCUACCUGGUCAAUGUGGAUGGAAGCGAAUACCGACGGAAUGCAAUACAUUUGAAGCCGCGUAAGGAACCCGAAACGAAGCCAACAUACCGUUUGCAAUCAGCGAUAAACGAAAGGGAACAGACAGAACAAACAAAGAACCGUCAAAGUGAAUGUCGAAUGUCGCCCCACUGCGAAGAAGAUGAGAACCCGGCAGACGAGACUUCUACACGGAAAAAUGAAACAACCGUUUCAACAUCGGUAAUACCCGAAACAGUACAGACCGCAUUAAUGAGGAUGAGUCCGAGUAAUCUCGAAAGCAGUCGCCCGAAACGAGAUCGUAAGCUACCCGAAAAGUUCAAGGAUUUUGUCCUCAGUAAAUAA